GGAAAAAAGGCCUGGGGGGGUCGGAACGAAACCGAAUUAAAAUUCAGUGGGUGGGGGGUGCAACUAGUGUUGAAAUUGUCUUGUAGGUGGGUAAAUUUCAAAUUCCAAUUCCGUUGUUUGGGGGGCAAAUUCGUAUUAUAAUUGUGUUGUUGGUGGGUCUUUUCUUCGUAAGAGCCCAAAAAUGAGGUAUAAAUUUGUUUUAAAAUGACAUUUUAUGCGUACUUUGCGCGAUCGAAAACGGCAUUUUGGUACGAAAUAAACGAGUCCGAAUGGGGUCGGUGGAAUUACCGAAAAUCCGAAAAUCCCCGUAAAUACCGAAAAUCCCUUCCAUUCUCUGAGGUAUAUAGCGUUUUCUUUAAUACGCCCGGAUUUACUACUUUAUUGUGUUCGAAUGUUGUAUGUAGGCUAUGAGUGUUUCAGACGUGCGCCAGUUUUUGAUGGAGCGUAACCUAAGCUCGCUAACCACGACCUUUGAAGGUAUACAGAUACAAUCAUGUCACUUUGCCGCAAAAGUAAAUGGCAAAUAUAUAUAUCACCGCAUUUUCUGUACAAAUGUUGACCAAGUUAUGAUUAUGGCUAUUUUUAGACAAUCAUUACGUCAUCAAAAGGGAAGAUGGCCGCAUACGUAUAGGCGGGGAAAAUGUAAACAAACGGGACAGCAAAAACAAAGUCACUAAUUACGCUUCAAAAACAUGAUUUUUUCAUAUCAGUUUCAUUUUAACAUGGACUGUCGUGUUGGAAUACAGUGCAGUGAAAGCUAGUGUUAGGUAGUGAUGGGUAAUUUUCCUGGCCACGCCCUCCCGGGCUCGUUCUUCAUUUUCUUUGGACUAUGGUGGACCUUCCACAUGUUCUAUCGCUACUACAUCGCCCUAAACAAGAACACCAAGUUCACGUCAUCUGUCAUUUUCAACUGCCCGUGCCUGUGCGGACGAUUCAAGGACUGGCCUAUUGAAGCUUACUUCAAACUCAUGUGUAUAUGCAUUGGAUUCUUCCUUGAAAUAUACACUGGAUUCUCUAAGGAUUGGCGGUUUGUGAAUAUCGGCAACGGGCAGCAUGCCACGAUGUUUUUCUUUUUUGGAUUGUCUAGUGUUGUAGAUAUACUUCUUCAUUAUAAAUGGCCUUUGCCUCCCUCGAUGGACUAUGUCUCCUUGUUUCUAGCCAUUACAGUGGAAUUUAUUCUCUUCAAGUUUCACUUACAUGGCCGAACUGACUUGGACGUGCUACUUCACACGUUGCUUCUCUAUGCGAUAGCCGCAAGUAUUAUAUCAGUAAUAUUAGAAAUGAAGUACAAAAAUAAUAUAAUGUGCGCCUUAAGUCGUGCUUACUGUACCUUACUUCAAGGGACGUGGUUUUGGCAGAUAGGAUGGAUUUUGUACCCGCCGUUUAAAAGUUCCUUUCGUUGGGAUGAAGACGACCAUGAACAGAUGAUGAUAGCCACUAUGAUCUUUGCCUGGCAUGCAGGGGUCAACCUGCUGAUUGUGCUCGCAAUAGGGGGUGUAGUGGCGGCAGCACAUCGCAGGUUUUAUACGUACAGCCAAGAAGAUAGUUACGCCAUGAAGAGACUGAUAAACUCCUCAAGUAACGGCGACUCUAUGGUAAAGAUAAACGAAGAUAGUGAAAAUGAAGUAGAAUUUGAGAAUACUUCCAUGUUGUCUUGAUGAUGUUCAUGAUACUUUUAAUAAUAAUAAUGAUGAUUUAUACUCAUGAUACUUUUACUUUUUUUCAUGAUUUAAUUAUGUUUAAUUGAACCCCGCAAACAAAGUUUGAAGGUGGGUAUAUUGGAGUCACAAUAUGGUCAGUUGGUCAGGCUGUUGGCAAUGGUUUGUGUAGCCAACAACUUUCACAGUUUCAAAACUAUCAAUCUUAUACUUGGUACAUUUUACAACUAUCAUAGUUAGUUGUGCCUGUUAUAUUUUUCAUGAGCUACGGCCAUUUAUUUUUCAAUCUAUGUGCCUUGAUGUGAUUGUCACACUUGACUGUUUGGAAUUUGCUGAUUGAAGUGUCCGCACAGUUUAACAGGUAUCACUCAGAUACUUGGUAAAUAUUAUAACCAUGGUGGUUAGUAAUGCCUGGCAUUUUUCGAUGACUUAUAUCUAUAAUGUGUUAUGAGUUGUUUGCCCCUUAAAAAUAUGAUUUUUACAGUUCUGGGUAUAUUGAAGUUUGUGGAGCAACCUUCUGCCCCAGUUUCAGAAAUAUCACUUUGUUACUAGGUUCACAUUACCUUGGUGGGUAGCUGUGCCUUGCUGUUUUCCUUGCCCCAUGGUUAAUCUCGUUUCCAUUGACCUCUUUUUUGAGUAAUGUACCCUUGAACAUCCAUUUUACACUUUCGCUAUAUUGAACAACUUAGAUUAACCUUGUGGCAGAUAAGAGUAACUUCCCUUGAUAUACAUCCAUUAUGAUUUUGACUUCUACUUAUUUGCCUGAGUCAAUCAGUAACAUCCUGCAUGACAGGGUAUUCAUCUCUUCUGUGGUUGCUCUAGUUCAUUUCUGAUGUAUACAAAUAAGUGUUUCAACUAUCCAGUUCAUUAUAUCAUUAGUGUCUGACAUUUUUUAAUAGUUUUAAGAUUUCUGUUGAACAAUUUAAGGGACUGUUUUGUGCUAAAAUAAUACGUGUUCAUUUCUUGGCCCCAUUUUCACAAAAUAUCUUAAGCGAAUAUAUUACACAUUUUUAAUAUUAUGUAUCAAAUUUUUAACUUACUUAUUUGAUUAUCUCGAUUUAACAAAUCACAAAAUGUUUCUUUGAUUGUCUUUAAAAUAAUUUCCUUUAAAAGACUUAAAACAUAGGUAUAUGACUUACUAUAAGCUUAAACAUGUAAUAAGGGAUGUAAGACGGUUUCAGAAAUCGGGGUUUGUCCAGGGCCUGUUUCAAUAAGAUAUCUUAGUCGUAGACAUUACUUGCUUAGUAGUGCUCAUUUAUACCCAUGACGAGCAGAAUCUUCACAAUAAAAGUCCUUACAAUAUUUCUAUCGAAACAAAGUUUACGCCAAAAAGGUGCUUUUGCCUGGAUUUUCACAAUCUUAAGCCUAAUGAUCUUUUUAGAAAUGGGGCCAAGACUGUUACUUUUACUAGUUUUCAAAAAAUGUUGGGUUUUUUGACAAAUCUCUUUAACCAAUAUCUUCCUUGACUGUUAAGCAUUAUGUAUGGUAUAUUCAUUCCAUCAUCAAAUAAUAUAUAUUUCUAAUGUAUUUAUUCUGAUUCCAAUUAUAUCAUGUUUCUUUAUAGGUUAUUCCAACACCAAAUAGUUUUAUAUUUGUAAAUUAUUAAUUCCAAGACCAAAUAUGUUAUAUUUCUUGUAAAGAUAUUUUUAUGGGAAUUUAUUUUGUCAAAAUUUUAUCAAUAUUGAUUUGAUCUCUAUCAAAAACGCUGUUUACUGUUGCUAAAAAGAGAAAACCAUUUUGUGACUUUGUAUAACAAAAUGUGCUUUGUUUUUCAUAGAUAUUUUAUUGACUACACAUUGUGUUCUGUUCCUUGCUGUUCAUAGAAAAGAAAUUGUUGCCUCAUUAUGAAAUAUUGUUGUUGUAAUAAUGAACUAAUGGUAAUUGUUGAUCAAUUUAUUUAUAUAAGUUUUAUUAUGCCUUCGACCAUAUAUGGGGAGACAUCUUGAUUUUGCUCAAGUUGUUUGUCCUUCAGUCUGUCCUUCACAAUUUGUUUCCACUUCAUAUCUCUUGAACCGCUUGAAUUAAUUUAAGAAAAUUCACCACAAAUGUUUAACAUAUUUAGACGAUGUGCAGAGCACAUGUUGUAACAGCUUGGUUCAAGGUCAAGGUCACACUGGUUGGUCAUAGGUUGUAUGGUUAUAAUAUGACUAUAUUUUGUGUUUGCUACAUGUCUCUUCAACCGCAUGAAGGAUUUUAAGGUCAAGGGCACACCUAGAGGUCAAAGGUCAUAUGACUAUAUUUUGUGUCUGCUACAUAUCUCUUGAACCGCAUGAAGGAUUUUGAGGUCAAGGUCACACCUAGAGGUCAAAGGUCAUAUGACUACAUUUUGUGUCUGCUACAUAUCUCUUGAACCGCAUGAAGGAUUUUGAAAUAACUUGCCACAAUUGUUCACCAUAUUAAAUUGAUGUGCAGAGCACAUGUUACAACCAGCUCAGUUGAAGGUCAAGAUCACACCUAGAAGUCAAAGGUCAUAAGACUAUAUAUGUCAUACGAUAUACUAUAUAUGUCAUACGAUAUACUAUAUACGACAUAUAUAUAUAUAUGUAUGUCUGCUCCAUUUCUCUUGAAGAAUUUUGAAAUUACUUACCACAGAUGUUCACCAUAUUUAGACGAUUAUAAUGUAGUGCACAAGUUAGAAUCAGCUUGGUUUAAAGUCAAUGUCACACUUAGAGGUCAAAGGUCAUAUGAUUAUAUUUUGUGCUCAAUUUCUUUUGAACAGCUAAUAAAGGAUUUUGAAAUAACUCGCUACAGAUAUUCACCAUAUUGAGAUGACUUCACACUUAGAGGUCAAGGUCAAAUGAUUAUAUUCAACAUAUUGUGACGAUGUCUUUAGGGGAGACAUCAGUUUUUCUGUUUUUGACUACAAAAACAAAUGCCUAUUUAUUGUUUUCUUGUGCCUUUUGUAAAAGUGAGUCUUUUUUGAUAAUCCAAUGAAAAAAACAUUCCGAUUAAAUCAUAUCACCAACAACUGUGAUCAUAUUUUAGAUUUAUGAUUGUUUAAAGUGAUGAUAUUUUAUAUAUUUGGAAGCAAAUUAUUUCACUUGACAAGUUCAUUUAAAUUUACCUUUAUAACAUUCAAUUUAAAUGAUGACACUUACAAUGAUAUAACUGAAUGUAUUAAUCUUAUAGUGUUUCCGCUAUGCAUUUUGACCACUGCGUCACUCCAUGCUGCCCUUCUGACUGCUGAAAAUAUGCCGUACUGCCCUAUCAUCUUGCCCUAUGUGCAUGGUGCAUUGUCAUUGUAGUUUGUCAGUUGCUGCUUGUAAAUGCUGUAUUUGUGUAAUGAGCAGAUUACUGUAUUUGUGUGAUGAGCAGAUUACUGUAUUUGUGUAAUGAGCAGAUUACUGUAUUUGUGUAAUGAACAAUUUACAUGUGUUUUCAUAAUCAGAUAUUUCCUAAUCUGAUAAUUGGAUCCUGUAUCAUCAUUGGUAGGAGGAGCUAUUGAACGUCAGCCAAUCAGGAUGUGGCAUAACCAUGCAUCCUGCCCCUGUGGUCUGUGCCAAAGACAAGCAAAAAAAACACAGCUAAAUGUGACAUUUGUACCCUAUCAAGAUCAUAUCACAAUAAGAUUUGCCCCUACGCUUGAUGGCUUUUUAGACAACUUGUUUCAAAAAUAAUGUGUUCAUUAUUAUUCAUACAGGUGGUCAGACACUUUAAUAAUCAAAAAAUCAUUAUCGCUGUAAAACUGAUACCCAGGAGUUAUCAUUAAACAAGGGUGCCCUUUUAGGAAAAUAUAAAAAUUGUUGCAUUUCUGUUGUGCACUUUUCAGGAAUAAAUUACCAUGCCUUUUAUCGAUUGAAGAGGAAACACUUUCUUACCAUGCUUUGUUUUAUGCUUGUUGAUAAAUGGGUCCCUAUACUGGUAUCGUUGUAACAGUGACUUAGUAUUACUGUAGAAUUGUUAUAUCUUAUUAAAUAUUAGUUUAUGGAAAUCCAGAAUGUGUUGGUAUGCAGGUAUUGUUUGUUGUUUGUUGUGAAAUAAAAUGAAGGAGUUGGAAUAUAUUUAUCGGCUGUAAAAAUUGAUUCACUCUGUUGUAUAACUUGAUCCACUUGGCUGUAUAACUAGAUUCACACUGUUGUAUAGUUUGAUGGUUUAGAGAUCUCUAAUUGUUUAAAUUUUUAAUAAUUUUAAUGUUAGCUAUUUUAUUAUUAUAAUUAUUAUUAUUAUUAUUAUUAUAUCAGUUAUUAUAUUUAUUUUGUUUUUGCCUGCUUCACUUAUACAUUAUAAUAUGUCAUAUGAUUUUUUUACUGAGAUACUUUAUGUUUAAAAUAAAUUUAAUAAAAAAUAAACUCAUUCUACAUUUCGUUUUCCAUUCAUGAAGUGUUUUUUUUCUAAAAUGGCAUGUUUACAAAAUAGUAUUUCUCUUUUUAUUUGAAUUAAAUUCUUCACUUACUGUGAUGUUUAAGAAAUAUCUUUGUUUAAUACUGUCUAGAAAUGAUCCAUAGUGAAAAAGAAUAGUGUUUCUAGGUAUCCAAAACAACUUUGUUAUCAGUUUUGAACUUAUAAGCUAUUUUUUUGCUAUGUCUCUACAUUCCAAUGUUAUUAAUAAAUGAACAAAUUUUA